UGUGGUGUUUGGGAGGGGCUGCUGGGCUGGGCAUGGGGCAAGGCAGCGGACACCUUAUGAGCGUGCUUGUAUGGUUGUUUCCCCCUGACAAUAUACGCUGUCUUUCCUCAUAUCACCUUCACCCUCUAGUUUUGUCUACUGGGACAGGGCAGCGGGCCCGGACUGUGAUGUCUCACGAUGAUUUUCCCAGAGCUGGUCUAUGUUUGGAGUUCUCUUUCUCAUUUCCUUAUGUUUAAAAGAUCACCAUCAGGCAUGGCGGCGGAGUUCUAUCCAUCAGCAUCUGCAUCAAAGCGUUUCGAGCGUUGUAUGUCAAGCAAUCCAAUCGACAUCGGAGAGAUACCCAAUCAUUCACUGCUUUGCUACAUUCAAACUCAGAACUCCAUGUUGACAAGUAUCCCUCUGAUGUGUUUUCGCCGUUCCGUUGAUAGCUUCCGCAAUCCCAUCUACUCCAUGACGGGGCUGGGCCCUGAAUCUCACUCAACACGUUUGCAACAAAUCUGCUCGAUAACCACGAGCCCUCCAGACCAUUCCACAAACCCCCUUCCCUUUCCACGAAGCAAGGAUCCCCUGCCGUCCCGGCAUGCCGCCCCUGAACUCGCUUCCCGCCCCUUGGUAAAACGUUUCAUUUCACGACACUACUACUACUGCGCCACAUCCUUUCAUAACUUGCUUCCCCCACUAUCGUUCAUGCCGACGAGGAAGAAGCUCAAAUAAUUCUAACCGCCCGCCGGCGAUCGUGUUUUGAAGCGCUGAAAGCUGCCGCUGCCCAACUUCUUGUUGGGUGUAAUUUCCACCCACCCGC